AUGAACCCGCAAAAAUCUCCACCUGCGGCCAAAGUUGUUCUUGUUAGUUCCCAGCCCGAUAAUGCAAAAUACGAUAACGAGGUUACACAGCAACGUAAUAUUACCCUCCAAAGAUCAAAAAGAAAACAACCAGUAGAAGCAAUGAAAUCCGAAUUAAAUGAUUUUAGGAAAGAGAUAAUGUCCUUUCUUACUGAAUCCAAAACAUCGCAAGAGGAGAAUAUUAAAAAAAUACAUGAUGAAGUAUCGUCAUUAAAGGAACAACUAUGUAAUCUAAAACAUAUUUCAGAUAUUCUUUCUCAGGACCAAGUAACUAUUAAGGAUACUUUAACUUCUUGA